ACGGCACGGCGCACCCCCAAUGGCGUGGGAGUAACGCGCGGUUCGGCUCGACGCUCCGGGUCAAUCCCGUCACAGGUCCAGCGUUCUCGCUUUCUCUAGAAACCGGAACACCCCCAUUUCUACGGUCCAGCUUAGCGGUUCGCUCUACAGUUUGGUCGGCAGCCGUCACCGUCGUCGGCCGGCGCGCUCCGUGCCCGCCGCCGCCGCCUCGGUUGCGGUUGCCAGGCAGUUACUUACCUUACCGCCAGAGCGACCACGGCAGCAGCUACUGCCCUCCGCUUCCGCUUCCGCACCAACCCCACCACCACCACCACCAUCGUCACCGCCACCACAGCAACCCAACAAACCGCGGAGAGGCGAGGGGCGGUUGCUCGCUCUACUGCUGCUCCCUCCCUCCUAGCGCUGUGCCGCCGCCGCCGCCGCCGCCGCCCUCCCCUUCUAGCGCUUCGCGUCGUGUCGUGUAGCAGGAGAGUGCUGCCCUGCUUUUCCCCUCCGGGGUUCGCUAUUUUGUGGCGAGCGCCGCUAUUAUUUCCCCAAUUCCUAUCUACCGCCGGAGAGGCGCCGUUUCGCUUUUGAUCGAUCCUAUCGGUCGGUCGGUCGGCCGGCGCGGAUGGAGGCGCUCAAGAAGCAGGCCAGCAAGCUGCGGGAGCACGUCGCCAAGCAGCAGCAGGCGGUUCGCAAGACGUUCAGCGCACGCCAUAAUCAAGACACUUCGCUUGUCGAUGAAGCUGAACUUGAGUGCCACCAGAAUCUCCAGAAGCUUUAUAAUACCACAAGAGCAGCUAAACAUUUCCAACGAACCAUUGUACGAGGACUGGAGGGUUUUGUUGCUGUUAGCACCAAACAGAUGGAGAUAGUGAAAAAGCUAGCUGAGGAUUGUUGCAAAUAUGGAAACAACAAUCAAAAUGUUGGUUUUGUUCUUGGAAAGGCUUCGGUUGAGUUUGGUAAAUCCCACAACCAAAUGGAGAUAGAGCGGGAGAAACUUCUUAGAGUUCUUGGAGAGCAGGUUUUUGAGCCUCUUCGAGAAAUGAUAAUGAGUGCUCCUCUUGAAGAUGCUCGCUUGUUAACUUACCGCUAUCAACGGAUCAGACAAGAUAUGGAGUCUCAGAUAGCUGAUGUGGUUAGAAGGCAACUGAAGUCCAAGGAGAGUAGUGGUAAUACAGAUUCGGUGAAACUGCAACAUGCAGAGUCAAAAUUAUCAGAGCUCCGAACUACGCUGGCAGCAUUAGGAAAGGAAGCAACGGCAGCUAUGGAGGCUGUAGAGGCUCAGCAGCAACAGAUUACCUUCGAUCGUCUUCUUGCAAUGGUUGAUGCCGAGAGAACUUACCAUCAGAACGUUGCUGAUAUUCUGAACAAACUUCAUGAUGAGAUGCUCAAUGCAAGACCCCAUGAAGAGUCAGACAACAACGAUGAUGUGCCAUCAUCAGAUCCAUCAUCGGAGCCUAAAGUAUCAUCACCUAAAGUAUCACCCACACAUGUGCACUCAAAUAGCAUAUCAGAAGAUCCAGCAUUAACUGAAACUAGCGAACCUACAAGGAAUGGUCAGGAAGUGCAUUAUGUUGGGGAGGUAAUCCAUCCGUUUGAUGGUCAGGCUGAUGGUGAGCUCAGUAUCUCCGUGGGCGAUUUCGUUGUGGUCCGCCAGGUGUCUCCAAACGGGUGGUCGGAAGGGGAGUGCAAAGGAAAGGCAGGCUGGUUCCCAUCUGCGUACGUAGAGGAGAGGGACAAGGCCCCGGCAAGCAAGGUGAUAGAGCCUGGACGUCUGACUGCGUGAUCCCUCUUUCUUCUCUUGUACUAAAUGGCUGCUGUCCAUCGUCCUGCUUUCUCCCCUGUACAUGAUAUGAGGUACUUGUUCAGGACUGCUCAGCAUUUUGUAGAACUUUUUUAUACUUACCUUUCUGUGCAGAUUCUUGUGCUUAUGUAAAAGACAUAGUAGUAGCAUUUUGCCUGUUAGGAUCUCUCUUCUGUUUCUCUUCUUCUUUUAUUCGAUUCGACACGAAUGUAUAGAAGAGCUAUUUAUUUGGCCAUGGGAUGCUGUAUUCUUCCCCCUGCUAUGUGGAAAGCGUUCCUGCCGAAUUCAUGUUUAUCGGUUUCAGAACAGUGAUAGAUAUUGUCACCA